AGUGUAUCUAUAUUUAUAAAUUAGAUUUAACGAGGCCACUAAGAGAUAAGGGAGUGCUCCAAUUAAACUUGGCAAAAUAUUUGCCAUUUUUUAUUAAGAAUGGAAAUUUUAAAAUGCCUGGCACUAACUAUAAUAAUCGUAAACACAAUAUGUGCACAAGGUGUCAGGAGAAGAAACUCAGAAGAUGAUAUUCAUAUAAGAACAAGAUAUGAUGCAGCAGAACAAACAUAUUCAUCAAGACACCUCAUGUUUCUAGAAGACGUACCUGCUAGUUGGACAGCAUGGAGUAUUACGAAAGCUUGCUCCAUUUCGUGUGACGGUACAGGUUACCUAGAGAAACGGCGCACGUGCUCGUCUGGGGUAUUAGCGGAUUGCGAAGCUCAAGGAGGAACUUGGUGGACAGUUGUAGCGUGUGAUAACGGGCCAUGCACUGCUAGUUGGACAGAGUGGAAUUCUCAUACUGCGUGUUCAAAGUCAUGCGGUGAAGCGGGGUACUUCGAAGUUAAAAGAAAUUGUUCUAAUGGAGUGUUACGUGAUUGUGAGGCAAAUGGCGGCAAAUAUUGGGAGAUACGUGUCUGUAACAAUGGAGCGUGUGUACCAACUUGGUCGGAGUGGUCAGCGUACUCGGCAUGUUCAAAAUCUUGCGGAAUUGGUGUAACGGUAAAAUACCGUACGUGUAACACUGGUCGUAAUGAUGACUGUACUGGGAAAUCGUAUGAACUAAAAACCUGCGCCCCAGGAUCAUGUACCGGUGAUAGAACAACUACAACAACAACGACGACGACGACAACAACUGCUGUGCCAGCAUCAUGGUCAGAAUGGACUACUAAGAUCAUUUGUUCGGCUUCUUGUGGGCCAGGUUAUAGCGAAAAGAUACGUACAUGUUCAAGCGGACAUUCCAACGAUUGCACGGGAAAGGCGUGGGGCGUUUAUGCAUGUAACCUGCGAAAAUGUGUCGGUAGGUUUCAGUUACUUCAAGCUUGA